AGCUGUUUCUUUCAUCUGCGCGACCCUCCCGCGUCGAGGAACCAAUUCACGCACACAACCGUGUGCUUCCUCUCACCGAAGGCGAUCUUUGCCGCCACAUUUGUACUCGAGUCGUUUGGUGGACGCGCUUCACGACAGCGACAGCGGGAGACAAUGACCUCCAUAGAAACCCGCAUCGAUGUGCUCACCCGGGGAAUCGCUGACGAGAUCCGCCUGAUGGAGGAAAAACUAGCGGAAAGCUCGGUUGCACGCACAGCUUCUGCGUCCGCCCUCCACAAGGCCGGUCCUAUCCAAGCGACGGCGGACAGCGAGUGCUUUUCGUCACCGUUGGCCCGCAUCAACGCCGCGGAGCCUGCCGCGGCUGCCCCUCCCCUCUCUGUCGCAUCUCCCCCGCGGUCGUCGCCGACGACUGUGCAGCGCUCCCCCAGCAGCCCUUCAGCGGCGCCGCCGCCAGCCCCGGGUCCCUCUGCCGUUGCCGCGGCACCAGAGGCCGCCACCAGCAAAGAGGGCACGCUGCUUCACUUGGUGCGAAGUGGCGGUCUGUUUGGCACGGGCGGCACACAGACCUUCGUGCCGCACUACGUGGUGGUCACUGGCAGCGCGGGCAUCGCGUGGUACGCAAGCAGGGUUGAUUUUCUCCAGCAGCCGCAGCGUCCGCUGGGCCGCGCUGCCUUCUGGAUCGAGACGCACAACAGCCGUGGCAGCCGCUUCAAGAAGGCGGCGGUGUGCUGGCCUCUCGUGCUGCGGGAGGACUGCCCUGCUGCGACUGACGCAAGCAAGACGUACUUUGCGGUGGAUUAUUAUGCCUCCAGUGGGGAGCGGGAGCAGCUGGUGCUGGCCGCGGACAGCCCGGAGGAGCGCGAUGCGUGGGUGCAGCUGCUCACGAGGUACAUUGACCUGUACCUCGCCCCGCGCGCGGAGUCGGAGGAGCUGCAGCACAUCACGCGUGGGGCGGCGGUGCCGCUGCACCGGUCUGGCGUGAUCGAGGGCGAGGCACCCGGCGGUACGAUCUUGUGA